ACGUACGAUACUGAAAGAGAGGAUCCUCGCUCUAUGCUCUUUGGGAGGAUUUUGGACUUUUCAAUUAUAUUUGUUUAUUUUAUAUUAUGCGAUUAUUUUUUAUUAAAGUAUUGUUGAUAUUCAAUUUUAAAUAAAAAUUUUAACAAUGAUUUUUGACUAGGAUGUGAAUGGAGAAUGCAUGAGGAUCCGGCGAGUAUCCUGCUGGAACACUUGAAGCUGGUAUUUGCUAAACCCCUCACUCUCCCUCUCUCUCUCUCAUUAACAUAUACAGCAAUGGCGAGCUCACAGGAAGAGGCCAAGCUCGAGCGAUACCUCCAGUGGUUACAGGUUAAUGGAGCGGAGCUACACGGCUGCAAAAUCAAAUACUCCGAUUCCAACAAAGGUUUUGGCAUUUUUUCGGCUAAUGAUGUUUCUGAUGGGGUUCUAUUAGUUGUUCAUCUGGAUUUGGCAAUAACUCCAAUGAGAGUUUUGCAAGACCCUCUUCUUGGACCAGAAUGUAGAGCAAUGUUUGAAGAAGGAGAUGUAGAUGAUAGGUUCUUGAUGAUCUUAUAUCUCACAGUGGAGCGCCUCCGCAAGAAUUCUUCUUGGAAACCGUACCUUGAUAUGCUUCCGACCACUUUUGGUAAUCCACUUUGGUUUACUGAUGAUGAGCUUUUGGAGCUAAAAGGGACAACAUGGUAUCGAGCAAUGGAACUGCAGAAGAAAAGCUUGGUGUCGUUAUAUGAUGACAAACUGAAGGCUCUGGUGAAGAAACUGUUAACUCUGGAUAGGGAUUUGGAAAGAGAUAUGUGCUUUGAAGAUUUCCUCUGGGCAAAUUCUCUGUUUUGGACCCGUGCUUUAAACAUUCCCCUUCCAUAUUCGUACGUAUUUCCCAAAAUUCAAGAAGACAGUGCGCUUCAGAUGGCAAAAAUUCUGAGGUUUCUACAAAUAUUUGCAAAGAAGAGUGUUAAUGGAAGAGAUGAAAGUGGAUGUCAGGUUGAAGGGGUUGAUAUUCAAGUUAGUAAAGUGACAUCCCCGCCUAAACAAAACGAGACUGUCUGGGUGGAGGGUCUUGUUCCUGGCAUUGACUUUUGCAACCAUGAUAUAAAGGCAGCAGCAACAUGGGAAGUUGAUGAAACUGGAUUGAUAACUGGAGUUCCUAAUUCUUGGUACCUUCUUUCUGCUGGACAACCCUUGCAGAUCGACGCAGAGAUUUUCAUAAGUUAUGGUAGCAAAGGGAACGAGGAACUGCUUUAUCUGCAUGGUUUUGUCCUUGAUGAUAAUCCAGAUGACUAUCUCAUGGUCCAUUAUCCUGUGGAGGCCAUUCAAAACGUUCCCUUUGCAGACUCGAUAGCACAGCUUCUCGAAGCACAGAAAGGCGAAACGAGGUGUCUGUUACCUAGAAGUUUACUGGAUCAUGGCUUUUUUGCAGUAGGCAACUCAAAUACUGAAGGAGGUGAGAAGUGCAAACUCGACCAUGUUUGCAGCUAUAGUUGGAGUGGCCAGUGCAAGAUGCCAUCAUACUCGAGCAGGUUGGUUUUCCCUGAAACCUUUUUGACAGCCUUGAGGACUAUAGCCAUGAAGGAGGAUGAGCUAUUUCAGGUUUCAUUGCUGCUGGAAGAGCUUGUACAAUCAAGAGAGGGGAGGCAACCAUCUGAUUCAGAAGUUCAGGCUGCGGUAUGGGAAACUUGUGGUGAUUCCGGAGCUUUGCAAAUACUUGUUGAUCUUCUUAACAUGAGGAUGACGGAUCUUCAAGAGUCUUCUGGUACAGAGGACUGCGACACCAGUUUGCUUGAAAACGAACAUAUUACUGAAAGUGCGACCCAGCAGAAUGAGAACAAUUUAAGCUGCAGUGGACAGACGAACAGCAUUGCACGACACAAGUCGGCGAGUUGAAAUGUCUGGUCUAGUAUAGUCUAUAGACGUGGGCAGAAGCAACUUACUCGACUAUUCCUCAAGGAAGCAGAAUGCGCCCUGCAAUUAGCCCUCAGCGAAGGGAACUGACUGUUUAUGUAAAAUCAUGCAAGCCUUUGCCAACUUUAGGAAGUGAAUUUGGACAAUGAAUGUUCAUAAUAAAAGCACUUCUGCACAUAGCUAGAAGUGCUUUUUGAAGCCGCAAUCCCAAACCGGCUAGUGCUUGUAAUUAUUCUUUCUCGUGCAUGCUAGUCGUUAUAUGUUUCCCUCAUACAAUAGGGUGCGACCAAAGUUUUCCUUCCCAACUUCUUUUGGUUACUACCAAUCUAUGGCAAUUUUGCUGCAACCCCUAUGGUUAAUAGUUUCGUAUAAAUUUUCAUGAAAUGCUAA